CCACAGACACAGCUAAGGUUUCUCAGAACAUUUUUCAAAUUACACCAACCAGCCCUCCACCUGAGCCAUCAGGACUUUCACUGAUCAGGAGCUGGACUUCUUACUUAAUACAAAUCAAUCCAUGGUUGUCCUAUAACUUUCUCCAGCCGAACAGACACAAAACUGAAGUUAUUAUAUUUGGACCUGCAGAAGAAUGAUCCAGAGUCGGCACAGCUUCAGUUAUUACAGCUAGAAACUUGAGAUCAGGCUGAACUCUGGGUGUAGUGAUAAACUCUGACCUGAACAACAUAAAGACGGUUGCGAAGUCAGCCUUCUGUCACCUGAAGAACAUUUCCAGGAUUAGAGGACUAAAGUCUCAACUAGAUCUAGAGAAACUUGGGUAAUAAAAAGUCUUAAAAAUUGAAAGACUGAAGCAAAAAGACAGGACUUCCACCAUGAUACACACCCUGCUGGCUAUUAAUACUAACUCUGUCCGGAAUCACUAAAAGGGAGGAGCAACACUGAGUCAUGAUAUUAAAACGUCACUCUUCAGAAAUGAAAGUAAUAUUUAGCUGAAGUGACCACUGAGCUGCUGUGGAGAUAAAUCUCUGUUUCUUCCUGAAGACUUAAGUUCAUGUGUUUCUUCUCAACAAUACUGAGUUCAGACAUGCCGUCUGGCAGCAACCUGCAGUCUAAGGAUCAGUUUCUCUGCUCCAUCUGUCUGGAUGUGUUCACUGAUCCAGUCACCACAGCGUGUGGACACAACUUCUGCAAGACCUGCAUCACUCAACACUGGGAUGGAAAUGUUCCCUACAAGUGUCCUCUGUGCAAUGAGAACUUUGCCUCUAGACCUCAGCUGAGAGUCAACACUUUGUUCUCUGAGAUGAUUGAUCAGUUGAGACGUGAAGCCAGCAGCAGUAGCUCAGAGGAACAAGUUGCCAAAAAAGGAGAGGUUCCAUGUGACGUCUGCACUGGACCCAAACUGAAGGCCCUGAAGUCCUGCAUGGUGUGUCUGGCCUCCUACUGUCAGACUCACCUGGAGCCUCACCUGACCGCUCCACGUCUGAAGAAACACCAGCUGAUGGAGCCGGUGGAGAACCUGGAGGACAGGAUGUGUCUGCAGCACGAUAAACCUCUGGAGCUGUUCUGUAGGACCGACCAGACAUGCGUCUGCUUGCUCUGCCCCAUUUUAAACCACAAGAACCAUGAGUUUGUUCCUCUGAGAGAAGAAUCUAAAGAAAAGAAGGCAGAGCUGAGGAAUACAGAGGCUGAAGUUCAUGAGAUGAUCCAAGAGAGACGACUGACGAUCCAGGAGAUCAGAGAGUCAGUGAAGAUCAGCAAAGAUGCUGCAGACAGAGAGAAAGCAGAAGGUGUUCAGGUCUUCACGGCUCUGAUGGAGUCUGCUGAGCGAGGCCUGAAGGAGCUCCUCAAGGAGAUCCAGGACAAACAGGAAGCUACAGAGAAACAGGCUGAAGACUUCAUCAGAGAUCUGGAACAGGAGAUCUCUGAGCUGAAGAAGAGGAGCUCUGAGGUGAAGCAGCUCUCACAGUCUGAAGAUCACCUCCACCUCCUCCAAAGCUUCUCCUCCCUGAAAGCUGCUCCACCCACCAAGACCUGGACAGAGGUCAGAGUUCAUCCAUCAUCAUAUGAGGGGACUGUGAUGAGAGCUGUGGCUCAGGUUGAGCAGGAGAUCAGGGAGAAGAAGCUGCAGAAGCUGAGUGAGGCUGAGCUGAAGCGGGUCCAGCGGUUUGCGGUGGAUGUGACUCUGGAUCCUGACACAGCUCAGCCCUGGCUCAUCCUGUCUGGUGAUGGAAAACAGGUGAACCAUGGAGACGUGAGGAAGAAUCUUCCAGACAAUCCAGAGAGAUUUUCCCUGUGUCCGUGUGUUUUAGGACAGCAGAGUUUCUCUUCAGGCAGAUUUUACUUUGAGGUUCAGGUUAAAGGAAAAACUAAGUGGGAUUUAGGAGUGGCCAGAGAAUCAGUCACCAGGAAGGGAAACAUCACAUUGAGUCCCCAGAAUGGUUUCUGGACUGUUGUGUUGAGAAAUGGAAACAAGUACAAAGUUUUUGCUGACCCUUCAGUACAUCUCCAUCUCCAUCCUGGUCCUGAGAAGGUGGGGGUGUUUGUGGAUUAUGAGGAGGGUCUGGUCUCUUUUUAUGAUGUAGAUGCUGCUGCUCUGAUCUACUCCUUCACUGGCUGCCGCUUCACUCAGAAACUCUACCCAUACUUCAGUCCCUGUAAUAAUCAUGGCGGUACAAACUCUGCUCCUCUGCUCAUCUGCCCUGUUGAGCAGGUUGAUCAUUGCACUGAUAAAGAUGAUGCAGAAUGAAUCUGAUUGACUCUGCAGCAGGUGACGUCCUGCUGGUGGAGAGGAGAGCUUGGAAACGUCCUCAACAGGAAGCGAACAGUUCAGAUUCUGUGCUGCAGCUCUGGUUCUCGGUUUCUACACAUUUUCAGCUUUUGAUUGAUUAUAACAUCAAAUAACAAUGCUUUUAGCUCAGUUUAUUGAAUUAUUCUACUGCUUGUGUAAGAUUUUUAUUUUUCUUGUUUUAUUGAUAAACAGUUUUAGGCCUGCAUGAAAAUGUUUCAACCUGUACAUCAACUGAUUUAUUUGUAGUGAUCGUUUUGUCAUUGUGCAUCAUAUUGGAGCUUCAAUGUCAGCUGUUUGUAAGAUAUUUAGACAGCAGGAAGAGAUCAAUUGAUUUGUAAUGCAAUUGUUCUGUUUUUUUAUGUUGAAGGCGGUUGGUAGUAAAUUAAUGCUGGUUAAAAAUGCA